AUGAAUGGCUCAACUUCUGAUCAUACAUCACCCUAUGAGAUACACUGGGAAAAUCCUGCUAUCAGUCCUCAUCAGCUCAAUUCUUCCAACAUUCUUCAGUACUUCUGCCACCUAUCAAAUCCAUUUUAUGACCGUGAAUGCAAUAAUGAAGUUGUUCGCAUGCAAGGCCUUAGCCAAGACAAACUCACAUCACUCCGCGGCACUGAGUUUUAUCUAUAUCGAUAUCAGGAGCCAGUGUUGUUUGUGAUUCGUAAACAAGAGCGGCUGUCUCCGUCUGAAGUCGUCCCACUUGCAUAUUAUUACGUAAUCAACGGAAUCGUGCGCCAGGCCCCGGACCUCUCUACUCUGAUAAAUUCCCGACUUCAUACAAUUAUCGCAGGGCUGAACAAAGCCAUCCAAACGCUCGCUCCAUGUGCACGUUUCCAUCCCCCUGAUGGGUCCUACUCAUGGGAGGACCCCAAUGCCGUGGCGGACAAGCUCGGAGAGGACGAUAAGAGAUCCAGAGACGAGAUGGUUGCAACCAACCCCUACCAAGUGCAUAGAACCGAUUUCCUCCUCAACGAAUGGGUCAGUCGGUUCCCGAUGCCUCCACUCCCCAACACUCUUUCUGGUGGCUCUACUUUGUCUGCAUCCCAGCAGGUCUCACAUUCUGGUGGCCCAACUCCAUCCAAUCAAACUGGCUCCGUGGAAGCGACUCCCGAUAAGCGGCAACGCUUGAUGUAG